GGGUCACGUGCGCCGGCCCAUCCUUCCCCAAAUAGCUUUUCGUUUUUGAAGUUUUCCAGAACGGAGGUUUGGAAAGCUAGAGAGGGUUUCCUCAUAGAAAUUGAUGGGGGCGUUUGCUUCAACAUUCAGGGCUUCAACUCUUCUCCCCACCGGGAGACUACUCCCGACGGGGCCGCCGCGCCUGUUUGCCUUCUCUGCAACUCUAUGGUGCGAUUAGAAACCAACGAAAAGGAAAUUCUAGAGCGGCCUGAAUUUCGACAGCACCGAAUUGCAAAGCGGUAGCAGCGGCGGCACCAACGAGGAGGCGGCCGUUGGACGGUCGAGGUGGGGAGAAAUCCUGACCUGUCACUCUCCGGCACGCGGGGCGCAGAAGUAAGAGACCAUGGCAGAACAUGGGGCUCAUCUCACUGCCACCUCCACAUAUGAGGACAGGCCUUCUAUAUUUGAAGUUGUUGCCCAAGACAGUUUGAUGACUGCUGUAAGGCCAGCAUUUCAGCAUGUGAUCAAGGUUUUGGCUGAAUCCAACCCUUCAUAUUAUGGUUUCCUGUGGCGCUGGUUUGACGAAAUCUACACCAUCCUGGAUCUUCUACUCCAGCAGCACUACCUCUUCCGGUGCAGUGCUUCUUUUUCUGAAAACUUCUACGGCUUGAAGAGAGUUGCACUGAAAAGCAAAAGGAAUCAGCAGAGAUCCCUGGCCACUGCUGGACUUCCCCAAAAGCAUCAUUGGAAAUCUCUCUGCUUGUUGGUUCUUGUUCCGUAUCUGAGAACCAAACUGGAAAAGUUGAUCUCCCGCCUCCAGGAAGAGGACGAUUAUUCUAUCCACCCUCCGUCAUCCUGCUGGAAGCGGUUUUACAAGGCCUUCCUGGCUGCCUAUCCCUUUGUGAACAUGGCUUGGGAGGGCUGGUUUCUGGUGCAGCAGCUAUGUUACAUUCUGGGGAAGGCUCGGCACCACUCCCCGCUGCUGAGACUGGCUGGUGUGUAUUUGGCUAGGCUGACAGCAGAAGAUCUGCGGGCUUUGGAAAACAUACAUGUAGCUGCUGGUGACGUCCUGCGGUCAUCAAACAGCAUGAAAGAGCAAAUGCAGUCAGCUGGGAAAAAAAUCUUGGGAGCCCUGGCUUUCUCCCUCUCCACAGGCCUCUCUGUGGGCAUCUUCUUCCUCCAGUUCUUGGAGUGGUGGUAUUCAGCUGAGAAUCAGGAGGCCAUCAAAUCACUGACUGCUAUGCCAGUUCCACCACCACCUGUGCACCUGGACUACGAGACUGAUUCACCUCUUUUGCCAAAGCUCAAGACAAUAUGUCCUCUGUGUCGUAAAAUACGUGCCAACGAUACAGCCCUCUCCACCUCUGGCUUUGUUUUCUGCUAUCGCUGUGUCUACUCUUACGUGAAGCAUCACCAGCGGUGUCCCAUCACUGGCUAUGCCACUGAACUUCAGCACCUUGUCAAAUUGUACACACCUGAAAACUAACAGGUCCAUCCUCCAACCUUUAUAUAAAAACUGGAACGCUACAUUGCAGAAUUGGGUGCUUUUUUCUGCUUAUACUAAGCAUGGUUUUUACUGGCAGAGGAAGUGGCUUUUAAGCGUGUAGCUAUGGGUUAUACUUGCUGUUUGGAGAAUCAACAGAAGUCAACUGUUGUCUUUGGACUGCCUCACCUGAUUUUUCCCUAUAUCUAUUAAGUGAAAACAGAUUAGCUGAGAAAGAUUAUUAGAUAGAAAAUCUGUUUUUCAUCAGUAUGACUUCAGGCACAUUUCUAAGGGUAAAUGUUUCCUAGAAACAAUUGGUCAUUAACUGGCCAGCUCAGGGUUACAGACCAAGUUGUGAGAAGGUUUCAGAAAAAAUAGCUUUAAUAGAAGCAGCCUAGAACUAAGAAGAAAUUUCCUGAUUGAACAAUUAAUCAGUAGAAUAACUUGCUUCCAGAAGUUGUGAAUGCUCCAACACUGGAAGUUUUCAAAAAGACUUUGGAAAACCAUUUGUCUAAAAUGAUACAGGGUUUCCUGCCUGAGCAGGAAAUUGGACUAGAAGACCUCCAAGGUCUCUUCCAACUCUGUUAUUCUAAGUUCAUCAUAAAUUAUACGUUGAUAACUUUCAGUUGAACACUGCUAUAAAUGACCAUGAAAAGACAGAAAAGCUGCUGAGAGGAACCUGAGCGGCUAACAGUCAAACGUUUUCUAGCAGCAGCAAGAUAGUAGUUGUCACCUAUAAAGCAUUCACAGCAAGGGGCUGGAUUAUUUACAAAACCUCAUCUUGCCUCUUUUCUGUCUGUCCCACAGGCCCAACUGGAGAUGCACACUCUGGGUCCUCUCAAUUGAAGAAGUGGGCCGUAGGUCUACUGUGACAUAUAGGAAGCAGGCCUUUUUUGUCAUAGCACCUGCCCCCUGGAACACCAGAUCCCCAAGGUUAUAUUGGCCCUUCAUGCUACUGAUAUUUUGCAAAACACUGGAUAUUCUCCAGAAUAUUGGGACUGGAAAGGAUAGCCUAUGAAAUGAAAUGAGAUUGUAUUGUUCAGGUUUUAUUGGGUUUUUACCUAUAGGUUCUUCAUAUUUUCUUGAUCAUUGUUUUUGCAUUGUUUUUAUGUUAGCCAUCCAAAGUCAUAGCUGCAAGCCAUGUAAGUCAAACGAUACAUUCCUCAAAAUAGACGCACAAGAAACUGCUUAACAAAGAUUGCAUUUGGACAUCAUGAUAAAUAUUAACAUUAACAUUUUAUUACAAAUGUUUUUAUGUUGCUUCAAUCAGUUUUUACUUUAAGAGACUCUAUAGGAAGCACAAGCCUAGAUCACCCUGGGAUUUGAAUUCUAACUCUUCUGGAGCAAGUGCAAGAUGAUAAACUUCUGUUUGAUAAAAUGAAAGUUGGCUUUGGUAAACAAGUUUACAAAUACAAAUCCAGCAUCCAUUUUGGGGACUCAACAAGAUAUUUGAACUGUUAAAUCCCGGGUCCUUUUGAUGCAUUACAUAACAAGGAGUACUAGGGGAUAGAAAACUGGUAUCUUUUCUCCCAUGCUACUUGAAACUUCUAAAUAAAAUGCAAGGAAUUGA